AUGACUACUGAUUCAUAUCCCGAUGAACGUGAUUUUCAACCGCAUAUACUUGAGCCUGGAGACCAAGAUUCGCAAUAUGCUCCCACUCCAGGAUACUACGGUCGCACACCUACGUCAAGCUGUAGGCUCAGCCCUUCCCCCGACCAUCACCCCGAGCAUGAUCUAGAAGACCUGUGCCAAUACGAGCCCGAAAGACCCAGACUGCUUCAGCUAUCCGAGUGGCACGAUGGGAUGCUAAACACUGAAGAGGAUGUAGUCCUGACUCCGAGUGCUUAUUGGUCGAAGACCCUGAAGGAUAAGCUUGAAAGGUUGUUAGAAGGGAAAAUCCCCCGUAAAGGAAGGGUAAGGUCGGACGACACUUCAAUCGCUGUAUCGGUGAAUGAUCGAUCCCAACGCGACCUGAUGAAACGGUUUGACCAUCUCGACAUCAAUUGGACUGCUGUUGAAAAGCAGCUGCUGAACUGGGGCGAAUUGUUUCGUCGAAGCAAGAAACUGAGGCUAAGUAUCACCUUCAAAUAUGUUGAGGACGACUCUCCACAAAAUUACCUCGGAUAG